AUGAGCGGUGACCACCGCUACACCGCCCUCGACCACCAUGCAGCUGCGAGCGCGCCGCCUGCGCCGCCCCCACUCGCCCGCCUGCGCAACCUCAUCGCCUCGCCCUCGUCGACCGCCCGCUCACGGCGCACGCUCGCAAUAGCUGCGACCAGCAUCGGCAUACUCAUCAUCGUCGCCGCGGCCCUACACGGCGGGCGGGCGCAGGACUUUGCGGCUGGGUUCGCUGCUCGGCGGGGGCGGCACGGCGCAGGGCGUGCGUACGAGGGCAUGCUCGAGACGGUUCUGCGGUACGGCGAGCCGCAGACGGAGCUCAAGAAGCAGAUGGGCGACGCGAGGUUCCUCACGGGCAUGCUCUUUGGCGGGCAGUCGAACCAGCUCCUCGCCCUGAUCAAUCUCCUCUUCAUCGGCAAAGAGCUCGGCCGCGCCGUCAUCGUCCCGCCGCUCACGGGCAUCCACUUUGGCGCCGGCCAGCACCGCCCGUUCCACCUCGUGUACGACUUGCCGAGGUUCUACUCGCUCACCAACAUCCCGACCGUCCCCCUGUCGAGCUUCAAGACGCCGGGCGGCCCGGGCAACGUCGACGAGCGCGUGACCUGCUGGUCGCUCAUGGAGAAGUACACGGGCGCGCCCAACGUGCACGCCGUCGAGACGGGCUUCGAGGAGCACAAGAUCUUCACCGACUUCUGGGCCGUCCCGCCUUUUCCUCGUUCGAGCGAGGGCGCUGUCCUCGAAUUCGGGCCCGUCGUCGACUUCCUCUCGAACACGACGGCCCAGCUCGAGUGGGUCGCCACGACCCGGCGCGAGUACUUGCCGCAGAAGAGCGUGCCCAAAGGCGUCGAGCCGUCGACUGUCGUCGCCGAGGACAACGUCAAGCCGUUCUUCGACCCGGUGCACGGCGUCCCGCCGACCGAGGACGACCAGUUGAUGUGCCUCGACGCCACCUUCUACGUCGGCGACUCGGUCCCGCCGCCGCCGUACCCGCAGCACGUGCCGCUGGACCCGUGGCGCGUCGGCCGGGCGUGGAAAGAGGUCGGGCAGCACCUGCACUGGCUGCCCGAGGUCGAGGAGCACGCCAACGACUACCUCAAGGCGCUCUUCUCGGUCAAGCGGGCCAAGGACAUCCCGCCCUACAUCUCGGUGCACGUCCGCCGCGGCGACUUCAAGGCCUUCCAUGGCAACACGUACACGCCCCUGUCAAGCUACGUCUCGGCCGUCGCCGACGUCCGCACCCAGCUGCAAGCCCGCCUCGACCGCCCUUCCUCGCCGACCUCGCUCUCCGACAAGCCGUCCCUGCGCGCGUUCCCCAUCCCGCCCGCCGAGUACGCCGUCGUCGUCACGACCGAUGAGCCUCCCGGCUCGGACCUGUACGUCGAGCUCGCCGAGCUCGGGUGGCACGUCGUCGACCACGACGCGCAGCGCACGGUCGAGCGGUUGGGCGAGUGGUACCCGGCCAUGCUCGACGGCGAGAUCCUCUCGCGCGGCCAAGGGUUCGUCGGGACGCAGUGGUCGACGUUCUCGAUGCUGAGCGGGAACCGGGUCGAGUACUGGCAAGGCGGCGUGCAGGUCGUCGCCAACCCGAGGUGA